AUAACCCUCUCAACGAAGAGCAUUCACACAAUGGGCAAACGCAUCAUCGUGACAGGCGGCUCCGGCGCCGCGGGCCAGCACAUAAUCACCUACCUGCUCGCCCAAGGCCACAGCAUCCUAAACAUCGACCUGGUGCCCAUCCCGGACCCCACCCUCGCCUCCCAAGUACACACCCUCCGCGCGGACCUCACCGACAGCGGGCAAACCUACAACGCGCUCUGCUCCCACUUCCACCUGACCGAACCCUUCCACGAACCCCUCCGCCAACUCCCCAACGCGGUAAUCCACCUCGCGGGCUACGCCCGAAACAUGAUCGUCCCGGACAACGAAACCUUCCGCGGCAACGCCUUAUCCAUGUACAACAUCAUCGAAGCGACCUGCCGCCUCAACAUCCCGAAACUCAUCCUGGCCAGCUCCAUAACCGUCUACGGCGUCAGUUUCGCCGAAGGCGACAUCGACUUCCCCUCCUUCCCUGUCGAUGAAACCGUCGACGCAAACCCGAUGGACACAUAUGCGAUCUCGAAAAUCUGCGGAGAGCGAAUUGCGCGGGGGUUCGCGCGACGAUUCGGCAACGAUAUCUACGUGCUUCGAUUAGGUCGGGUCAUUGCACCACACGAAUACAAAGGGGAAUUGUUUAAAUCGUACGUGGAGGAGCCGGAGAAGUGGAAAGCGCAUGGGUGGUCGUAUAUGGAUGCGCGGGAUCUGGGGCAGAUAUGUGAUUUGGCGGUGGGGAGGGAUGGAUUGGGGUUUCAGAUUUUUAAUGCGGUGAAUGAUACGAGGACGAAUGGGGUGGGGGGGUCGACGGGGGAGUUUCUCAGGAGGGUGUGUCCGGGGACGCUGGUGACGAGGGAGUUGGAGGGGGAGGAGGCGCCGGUUUGUAAUCGGAAGGUGAGGGAGGUGUUGGGGUUUAGGGAGGGGCAUUGUUGGAGGAGGUAUUAUGAAGCUUAG